UCUCUCUCUCCUGCGCCUUGUAGCUGUUAAAAAUCGUAACAGUGUAGUUACUUGCAGACAUUAGAAGAAAAAGUUUUGAUCUUUUUUGUUUCCAUUGGUGACAUUAUCGGAUCUCAAAGCUUCUUCAGACAAAGGUGGUCUCUUUUAUCCUGUGACUGUGUGUUAUGUUGUAAUGGAGAAAGGGAAGAGUGAGUCAUCUGAGAGAAGCUUUGGUGAAUCAGAGUCUGUAGUCUCUUCACAAUCUGACAUUCAACCUGAGAACACAAUGGAGUCUCAUGAUGAGGAGAUAAAACAACCUGAGGAGGCUUCUACUCUUGAAGUUGAAACUGAGAAUGAAGAUUUGAAAGAUAGCAUCAGGACUUUAACUGAGAAGCUUUCAGCUGCUCUUGCUAAUGUGAAUGCUAAAGAUGAUCUGGUGAACCAACAUGUCAAAGUAGCUGAAGAAGCUGUUGCUGGGUGGGAGAAAGCUGAGAAUGAAGUGGUUGAGUUGAAAGAGAAGCUUGACGCUUCUGAAGACAAGAAUAGAGAGUUGGAAGAUAGAGUAAGCCAUCUCGAUGGAGCUCUUAAGGAGUGUGUUAGACAGUUACGUCAAGCAAGAGAUGAACAAGAGCAGAGAGUUCAAGAUGCUGUGACCGGGAGAACACAUGAGUUGCAAGCUUCUAAAGCCAACCUCGAGGGGGAGAUUUUUGAAGCUGCAACCAAGUCUGAGGAGCUUGCUCAAAUGGCUGAAUCUGUUGCCAAAGAGAACGUGAUGCUGAGACACGAGCUUAUUGCUCGUUGCGAGGAGCUAGAGAUCAGAACUAUUGAGAGAGAUUUGAGCACACAAGCAGCUGAAACCGCUAGUAAGCAGCAGUUGGAUGUGAUAAAGAAAGUGGCUAAACUUGAAGCUGAGUGUAGGAAGCUUAGGACGAUGUUGUCUAAAUCUUCAUUUAAUGAUCAUAGGUCUACGGAUAGUCAUUCAGAUGCGAGUUGCUCUGAGUCAGGAGGAGCAUCAUCCAUGCUGAUUGAAAAGAGAAGCCUUCAGGGAACUUCUUCUUCCAUUGAGAUUGAUCUCAUGGGUGAUUUUCUUGAGAUGGAACGUCUUGUAGCUUUGCCUGAGACACCGGAUGGUAAUGGUAAGAGUGAGCCUGAAUCUGUCACAGAAGAAGCUGUUGUUCACACAGAUAACUCGUUGGUUGCUGAGAUAGAAGCAUUGACUUACCGAAAUAAGGAACUUGAAGAAAAGCUGGAGAAGUUAGAAGCGGUGAAAGAUGAGCUUGAAAGUGAAGUUAAGUGUUGCAGAGAAGUGGAGAGCACACUGAGAUUUGAGCUGGACGCUAUCUUUUGUGAGAAAGUGGACCUGGAAAGUAAGUUGGAGAAGUUGAAAGUGGAGAAAGAUAAGCUUGAAAGCAAAGUUGAAAGUGACAGAGAAGUGGAGAGCACGCUGAGACUUGAGCUUGAAGCUAUCGUUUGUGAUAAAGUUGAACUAGAAAGUAAGUUGGAAAAGUUAGAAGCAGAGAGAGAAGAGCUAGAAAGCAAAGUUAAAAGUGAAAAAGAAGUGGUCAGCACAGUAAGACUUGACCUUGAAGCUAUGGUUUGUGAUAAAGUGGAGCUGGAAAAGAAGUUAAACAAGUUAGAAGCGGAGAAAGAUGAGCAUAGAGAAGUGGAGAGCACACUGAAACUUGAGCUUGAAGCCAUAGUUAGUGCUAAAGUGGAGGUGGAAAACAAGUUGGAGAAGAUGGAGGUUGAGAAAGCUGAGCUGCAGAUAUCUUACGACAUAAUCAAAGACAAGUACAAAGAAUCUCAAGUUUGUCUCCAAGAUAUUGAGACAAAGCUAGAGGAGAUCCAAAGAGAGAUGAAACUAGCUAAUGAACUAAAAACAGAAGUUGAAUCACAAAUCGAAUCAAUGGAAGCAGAGGCAGAGUGUAAUCACGCAAAGAUUGAGUCACUGGAAGAAGAGGUGAGGAGAGAGAGGUUAGCUUCUGAUGAGCUAAGAAGAAAAUGUGAGGCACUUGAAGAAGAAGUCACUACCCUCCAUCAAGAAACCGCUAUAGAACCACCAAAGAUAAAACAGGAAGACAUGGCAACAGCUGCAGGGAAACUAGCGAACUGUCAGAAAACAAUAGCAUCUUUGGGGAAACAGUUACAGUCUCUUGCAACACUUGAAGACUUCUUGGUUGAUACAACGAGCAUUCAAGUGGCUACUACAAAUGGUGUAAGCAGCUGCAGCAACAACACAGAGAGUUGGAGAGUACACAAGAAUGAUACUUACAUGUCGAGGAAUCAUUUUGAGUCCAUCAAAGCAACCAAAGAAACAUCUUCUGAUGCUGCUUUGACGCAAGUUUCAUCAAACAGAGGGAGUUCUGAGAAGAACCGGAAUGGAUUUGCUAAAGUCUUCACUCGAAGUAAAGAUGGGAUUCAUUUGGUGAUUUAGCUUAACUUUGGUGGUAGUAGCAAGAGAAGAAUCUGUUAGGUUAAAAAAGAGUUAACACCUCUUUGUAUGUUCCAUUUGCAGAUUUUGAAUUGGUUCCGUAGUUUAAUGAUAUAGUGUAUGCAGAGGAUCUUUGGUUAAUGAUUGAUGUGUGUUUUUUCACAACUUGAAUGAUAUGGUGUUACUACAGAUUUCAAGGUGAGUUUUGUGUGUAUGUUACUAUGUUGUGAUGUCGUAGAUACUUGAUUUGAGUUAUAAU